CGAAAAGUGCUCCUCUUUUACGACACUCUAAACUGUCGUUUUUAACAGCACUAGCUAUUCUUUCCCUCGUGUCUUCGCAGAUCCAUCGAUCCGUGCCAAGACGAUGCCGUCUCGUAGAAGAACUCUCCUGAAGGUCAUCAUCCUCGGCGACAGCGGGGUUGGCAAGACCUCUUUGAUGAAUCAGUAUGUGAAUAAGAAGUUUAGCAAUCAAUACAAGGCUACUAUUGGAGCUGAUUUUCUGACAAAGGAAGUUCAGUUUGAAGAUAGGCUUUUCACAUUACAGAUCUGGGAUACUGCUGGUCAGGAAAGAUUUCAAAGCCUAGGUGUUGCCUUUUAUCGUGGUGCUGAUUGCUGUGUACUUGUUUAUGAUGUAAAUUCAAUGAAAUCAUUCGACAACCUGAAUAACUGGAGAGAAGAAUUCCUUAUUCAGGCAAGUCCUUCAGAUCCAGAGAAUUUCCCAUUUGUUGUUCUAGGAAACAAGAUUGAUGUGGAUGGUGGAAACAGUAGAGUGGUCUCAGAGAAGAAGGCUCGAGCUUGGUGUGCCUCCAAAGGAAAUAUCCCAUAUUUUGAGACUUCUGCUAAGGAAGGAGUUAAUGUGGAAGAAGCAUUCCAAUGCAUAGCUAAGAAUGCCCUGAAGAGUGGGGAGGAGGAAGAAAUAUACUUGCCAGACACCAUUGAUGUUGGAAGCACCAGCCAGCAGAGGUCAACCGGAUGUGAGUGCUAGAAGUAUUGCCCCCAUUUUUUUCCAAAGCAGCAAUAAUAUAUUCUUGCAGUAUUACAUUACAAAUCAUUUCCUCUUGUUAACCUUUUUAUGGGUCUGUUUAAGUCCACACUGUACAUUAGUCUUUUGUGUGAAACGAAUUAGCCCAUUUGUGUUCGUUGGAUUUAGUUUAAUGCCCUAUGUGGAGGUCCUGCUUUGAAAGUGUUAUAUUCUCGCUCUUGUUGGACUGGAUUUUACCCUCUCUUGUUAAUUAUUCAUGAUUUCACCUAAAA